CCGUGGCGGAGGAGCGCUCCGGUUGGCGGCCUGCGGCGGCCGUCGCUCCGACCAACAGUCGGCGCGCUCGGCAGUCAGUCCGAGAAAGGCCUUCGUAAGAGGUGUGUGUUGUUGCCGUCGCCGCUGCCGCCCGCGAGUGUCAAACGGUCACGUGCUCUGGCUAGUGCCAUCCGGGUGAAGCGACGCCGCCACCAUCCGCCACCAUUUUUCCCCAGGAGCUGAGCCGACUCGCCGGCACCGUGGAGACCCGAGGCCCCGUCGCCCUGGAGCCCUCGUGCCCCAAGCGAAAAAAGAACGACAUUCGAAAUGACGUCGACAAGGAGCCAAAAGACUUAACCAACAGAACGAUGUUUCCUACGGCUCAGAUUAAAAUGAGGCUGAUGUCGCCCAGCAGUUCCCCCGCUACCUCCCCGACGAUGUCGAACUCGUCGUCGCCGACGCCGCCGGCGGUCAAUUACAACAAAAUCACAGGAAUCCCGUGCGUGGCCGCCGCCUCCAGGUACACAGCGCCGGUGCAUAUCGACGUUGGCGGCACCAUCUACACCUCGUCGUUAGAAACUUUAACCAAAUAUCCUGAAUCGAGGCUGGCGAAGUUGUUUAAUGGAAGUAUACCGAUCGUCCUGGACUCCCUCAAACAGCACUACUUUAUUGAUAGGGACGGGGGCAUGUUCAGGCAUAUAUUGAACUUCAUGCGAAACUCAAGACUGCUUAUACCGGAGAAUUUUACGGAUCUGGAUUUACUUCUGGAAGAGGCGCGAUACUUUGAUAUUGGACCCAUGAUUCGGCAACUCGAGCAGCUCAAGAAAGACCGAAUAAAGAACGGCGUCCUCUCCCCCGGCGGCAACUCGCUGAAAUCCGGCGGCAGCUUCGGCCGCUCCCACGGCGCCUCCUCGGAGAACUCGCGCCAGCUCGGCCAAGACAGCUACGAGUGCGUCGCCCUGCACGUCAGCCCCGACCUCGGUGAGCGCAUCAUGCUGUCCGGCGACCGGUCCCUCCUCGACGAGGUGUUCCCCGAGACCAACCAGGCCAUGAUGGACGCCCGCUCCGGCGUGGCCUGGAACCAGCAGGACGUGCACCACGUGAUCCGGUUCCCCCUGAACGGCUACUGCAAGCUGAACUCGGUCCAGGUGAUAACCAGGCUGCUCAACGCCGGCUUCAAGCUGGCGGCGAGCAACGGGGGCGGCGUCGAGGGGCAGCAGUUCUCCGAGUACCUGUUCAUAAGGAAGAUCCUACCCGGCUGACGGGAUACCAUCGCACUUGUCGACAAUCAGCGUUCGUGACGCAACAAAUGGUUUAUUUAUGUUCGAGUUAGUUGUAAUUUAUCAUCCUAUUGUCGAGAUAUGCCUUACUUUAGUUUGGAAGAUGAUCUAAUUGUUAAUACGUUUGUUUGCUAGUGGUUAAGUUUAAUACUAUGUAAAUAAUUAUAUUAAUAUUGUAUUUUUUCUUGUUCAUGGGUUGAGCAUUUUUUUCGCUGAUCUCAUUAGAUCUAUUCGGCUGUGAUCCGUUUAAGAAUACAGUGACGACUGGAUGCUACGGCAGCUGGCGGAUCGACCAUUAUACUGUUGUAAAGUGUGCUACUUCACAAUAAAUAUUAACUAUUAAUAACUAUA